UCAUCUCUGACCACCAGCAGAAGAUAAUAGAGUGGCGACUGCAGCGGGUGGCGGGGGAGAUAAAUCCCACUAUUAAUUCAGCAAGCGUGAACAAAGUUAUCAUUAGGAUGUUGUAGAUUUACGGUAGUGUAUCCAACAUGUUCACUAGUGUUCACCUAGACAAUGGCACGGGGAGUCAGAUAUCCGCUGCAAUAGAAAUUUAGGUGCUAGACUUUUCGACUACAUCAUAAUGAAGAUCAUAGAGUCAUAUACUUUGAAUACUCAAACCGUCAUCUUUUUAGUAUGGAUACAGAAUAUACAAAAUAUACACGGCUCUAACUCUCCUUGGGUAACAUGGUGGGCGUAUGAAGGUAUCGCUGGACCACAACACUGGGGUUAUUUAAAUCCUGACUGGGUAUUGUGUCAAUCUGGUAAAUUCCAGUCACCCAUCAACAUCGAACCUCGCUGGCUUUUGUAUGACCCUAAACUAAGACGAAUGAGUUUAGAUCUACCCACUACAGUAAAUGGGACAUUUAAGAAUGCUGGAAAUAAUCUCAUCUUUACGCUGGACACUACAGUAUUGUACAAUGGGAACUUCAGCGAUGGCCCAUUACUGUACACUUAUAAACUGUCACAAGUACACAUUCAUAUUGGUCAAAAUAACAGUCAUGGCUCUGAACAUAGAAUAGACGGGAAAUCGUUUGCCGCAGAGAUUCACUUUGUCUGCUACAAUGUCAACCUGUUUAAAUCUUUACCAGAAGCUAGAGCUAUGCCCUAUGGUGUUGCAAUACUGGCUGUUUUUGUCGAGAUUACUCAAAGUUCUGAGAACAACAAUCAAGCUUUAAGUAUUUUAUUUGAUAAGGCUUCUAGUAUACCCCAGCAAAAUCAGGAAACUCGUGUUCAUGAUUUUAAUCUCAAGGCAUUGAUCCCGGAAACAAAUUAUUACGUCACUUAUGAAGGCUCCUUCACACAUCCUGGUUGCCAGGAGACUGUCACGUGGGUUAUAAUAAACAGACCUAUUUUUAUACGUGCAUCGCAAAUAGACAGAAUCAGGUUUCUACAAAAACGACAGAUUGACUCACAGAUGACUUUAUUGGAAGGUAACAUCAGACCACUGAUGCCUCUCAACAAUAGAGUAGUUAGGACCAACAUUAACUAUCAUAGAACUGUUGGUCUGUGUGAUAUGAAACGGACAUCAUUUUAUGAAGGUCUUUUUCAGGAUGUUGUGAUUAGCUCCCCAAUCUGUGCCAGCUAUUUUUUUCAAGAGAGAUAGUCUCUGGAUGCCUUUACUCUGUGUUUUAUCUAUUUGGUUUUUCCAGUCAAUGAUUUGCUCCAUCACUGAAGACAUUGUCCAGAACACAGCAUUCUAAGAUUUAUAUAUUUUUUUUUAUGUAAUUAUGUCAAUAUGCAUAUUGUUCUUACAAUAAAAUAUGUCAUUUUUAUAUAUUUUAUAA